AUGAGUGACUCUGUAGGUACUACCCCCUCCAGGAAACCCCUAGGAGCACUUCGAAACCUAUCAAAUACUCCUGCAAAAGGGCAACAUGGAAAGAGUAACGAGGAUGGAGGAAGGCUUGCGAAGCGAGAAUUCAGCAAGUCAUUUCCCCAGGCACACACACCGGGGGCCGACAGUGGUCGUGCAAGUAAGCGUGUGAGAAGCGAUCCGAGAGAAAGACUGCCAUCUACUACUAGAGUGGAUGAGAACGGCCACUCAGUCGAUGCGCGUGCAGAGGCGAGGGAAAAUGCGGAACUGCAACUUAUCCGGGAUUUGAAACGAGAAAAUGAGGGAUUGAGAGUGCAAGUGGAUGAUUUGACAGAGGAGGUAGAAAACACGACGUACGCACUGAAAUUGGUAGCCGAUGACUUUGACACUAUGAAAGCAGAAAAUAUCAAAUUGAAGAGUCUAAACUCACAGCAUAUGGAGCUGAUUGAUUCCUAUAGCGACGAGCUGGAAAAAUUGCGACGCAUACAUGUCGAGGAUACAGAGAAGAGCGAGGUUUCGAACAUGAAGGCACGCAAGGACCUAGACAACGCUGAGAAUUACGCUGCACAUUACCGGGUGCUGUAUGAGGCUUCUGCAAAGGAAUCGCAGAGGUCGGAGUCAGAAUCAGCUCCACGGUCGGAAUCACACCCGUCGAGGAGGCGGUCAGGGGCGAGCUCGUCUGGCGGGCGCGCGCGCCCGUAUGAUAGGACUCGAUGAAUGCGACAACAACCAGCCACUGAACUUACCUACGACAACCCACGAACAAGAUGCGCAAUCUCAAUUUGAAGAGUAUAUUGUUAAAUAUCCGUUGCAUCUCGGGAAGAAAUAGCUGGAGAAGUACGCACCAUACAUCCAGCUUUGAUCAUCAAGAAAGCAAGAGUCCGCGAUGGACAUACCAUCGAUAAAUCAAGCGAAGUGACAUCAGUAUUGUAUCCUAAGGGCAGCCUGUGCCAUUGACACAGUACCGUGCUUCUGGCACAGGGAACAAAAGUCGCCAAUCGAAGAACCAAAUAUAGUGAAUUUAGUGAAGAUUCAUUAUCACGAAAAAGAUAGACGGCGU